AGGAAAGGAAGUACAAAUGGAAGCCCCUUCAGCAAAUGAACCUUCAAAUAAUAAAAAUAAUACAGAAGGUAACAGCAGUAAACCAUCAUAUUCUGAAGUAUGCUUGGAAGAACAGACAGUUGUGUUACUUCCAGACUCUUCAAAAACUGCACUGGUUUCACCACACAAGACAAAUAAAACUACCACAGAUUUGGAAAAAUCUUCACAGGAAAGUAGAGUCUGCAGUACGGUAUCUUUGUGUAAAAAAAAUAAAACUCCUAGGCCAGCAAGAUACAGACUCCCAAAGCCUAAACCAAAUCUUAACAGUGGCUUGGUAUCUACCAGGAAUGUUUCUCAAAAACCUCUGAAUCUAAGUUCAGAUAUGGAAGAAUGUAAAGAAAUCCAAAACGUAACAGAUGACAAAAUGUCAGAAAAACCUAGAGAAGAGCAGAAAGUUGAAAUGAAUCUCCAAAUGGAUGAGCAGCUUGCUAAAAUCAGCACUUUGGGACUGUAUGAUUUACAUUCUGUAAAUGCUGGCCCCACCAUGCAGGAAAAUAAUAUGGAAAGUGGAAACCCGAUACAAGAGAUUUGUGAAAUUGCAUCUGAGUUAACAUCUCCAAAACGUUCUCAAGAAACAGCAGCUUGUUUAUCUGAACCACCAGAUAAACUCAAUAUAAAGAGUAAUAUCUACGCUUUUGAGUCUGCUGAACAUCAGUUUUCUACAGCUGAAGUUGCACAAACUGAAGGAAACAAGAAUGACACCAUUUCAGCAAUGACAGAGAUGAGUGCAGUAAGAAGUGACAUUACAGAUUUCGUAGAUGCAGAGGAAGAGCCAGGGUUCAUUCUAACACUGGUGGAAAUCACACCUGAUUCUAUGGAAUAUAAUGGUGUCCCUGCUGUGCUUUCACAUGGUUCUGGAGAAUUGCUUCCGCCACCGAUACUUUUCACCUCAGAUAAUAUGGACUCAUUGGAACUGAGAAGAGAUGAAAGGUAAAUGUUAAAUAUUAAUGGCAUCUUUAGCAUUCAGAGGCUAACUUUUGGAAUGUUUUAGGACUAAACACUGGAUUUUGAGCCUAAAACAUCUCUUGAUGCUGCCUGCCUGGCCUAAAAUUCUCCUUAUUUCUUGGAGAUUAACAAACCUUGGUUUUCUUAAC